UGUUUUUUAUCAAUUCGCGAUUAUACCUAUGCAACAAAACUUUUAUUCAAAUAAAAAAAGGGAAGCUAGGAGAUAAUGCAAAUAAAAAUAGAUGUAUUGAAAGUCCAGCCGUAAUAGAGUGCAAGAGCCAGUGGAGCUAACUAACAGAACUAUACAAAAAUACAUUUUUUCAACAAAUUUCUUUCGCAAAAUUUCUUAAAUAUAAAAAAUGGAAGUGCUUGUAUUUGGUUCAGCGAUCGUAGAUUUUGUAGCCUACGCAGAUCGUCUUCCAAAAGCCGGUGAGACAUUGCAUGGCCAUAAAUUUGUGACGGGCUACGGAGGCAAAGGUGCAAAUCAAUGUGUUGCAGCAGCGCGACAGGGAGCAAAAUGUGGCAUGAUAGCAAAAUUGGGAGAUGAUGCAUGGGGCGCUAAUUACUUAAAACAACUGCAGGCAGAGAACGUGAAUGUCGACUAUGUGGAGCAGUGCAAGGGAGAGACAACUGGUAUAGCACAGAUAAGUGUUGCCGAUAGUGGAGAAAAUCACAUAGUCAUCGUAGUUGGAGCCAACAAUCUGCUAAGUGUGCAAGAUGUUAAAAGAGCAAAGAAUCUGUUUGACACUGCCAAAGUGUUAAUUUGCCAGUUUGAGACGCCUUUAAAUGCUACCCUGGAAGCCUUACGGUCCUUCAAAGGUAUUUCCAUAUUAAAUGCUGCUCCUGCGUUGGCGCAAACACCCCCGGACCUCAUAAAAGGCGCUACCAUCUUUUGUGUAAAUGAGACUGAAGCAGCUUUAACUACGGGUUGUGAGCAAAUAUCCACUUUAGAGCACGCUAAAACUGCAAUGAAGAAACUGCUUCAAAUGGGUGCCAACAAUGUGAUUAUCACAUUGGGUGCACUUGGUGCAGUUUACGUUAGAGGCGAAGAGCCGCAUACGUUUAUACAUGUACCAGCGGUCAGAGUGGAAAAGGUCGUGGAUACCACGGGGGCUGGCGAUGCUUUUAUAGGAGCAUUGGCUUUUAAUAUGGCCCGUUUUAAUGAUUUGCCUUGGCAUCAACUAAUAGGCGCUGCGAACAGAGUUGCUGCAUACUCCGUGCAACACCCAGGAACGCAAGCUAGUUUUCCGAACCCAGAACAAUCGUACUACGACGCUGAAUACACAUGGCAGGAAUUAUGAACAGCUGAAUCAACAAAUUAAUACGUUUACUUAGUUUUUCAUUUACAAAAAAUUUAUUAAAUAAAGUCUACUAAUUCGGCAAUUUUUCAUAGUUCUGUCACUAGAAAUAAAUAGGGUCGCGUGACAUGAAUUUGAAGGAAAUGCGGAUUUAUAAAUA